AUGGCUGCUCGGUUAGAAUUGGAUGACUUCGAUCGCGAGGUCCUCGGUCUGCCCCCUCUGCCCUUCUACCAGACCGAUAGCUUUGUUGAGCAACGCCGGCCAGCCGGUUUUCCCUCCAGCAUCAGUCAUCCUCGCAUGUUAGAUCGAGAGAAUGAGUAUGGCACACCCUACGGUGUCCCUCCGGCAUAUCCCUUUCCUGCGGCCCAAAUUCAACCCCGGCCAGCGCUGCAGGACAGAGCAUAUGAGGUGCCACACAGAAGCAACAUGACUAGGGCGCCGGCAUAUCACCUGAGAGAGCCUCCCCGAUCGUCUCAAUGGGAGACAGCUGCGCUGCAAUCUGCGUCCUACCAGCUUGAUCCUCCGAGCACGGGGUCCACCACCAGCAGAUUUCCAGCUCUGGGUAGCUCAAGCCCCACCGCGAGGCUCAGUGCACGAAAGCAAAAGACUGCUCAAACGCUUCCGGCUAGCGAUUCGUCGCAAUCCUUGGAUUUGUCUCCUCCGGGCCAACCUCCCAGAGUCAGCCAGUCUGAUCCUACAUUCCCGACCCCCGUCGUCCACGGAAUCCCUCUCGUUAGCCUGCGUCAAGCCCUCCCCGACAAAUUCCGCACGAUAUUCCCAUACGAGCUGUUCAAUGCGGUGCAGUCAAAGUGCUUCAAUGUUGUCUACGGGACUAAUGACAACGUCGUUGUUGCAGCCCCAACUGGCAGCGGCAAGACGACCAUCCUGGAGUUGGCAAUCUGCAAGCUCGCGCUUGACCGGGGCAAUGAGAACUUCAAGAUCGUCUACCAAGCUCCGACAAAGGCCCUAUGUUCCGAAAAGGCCCGGGACUGGGAGAAGAAAUUCAGUCACAUGAAUCUCAAGUGUGCUGAGCUGACCGGGGAUACCUCACAAGCUGAGAUGAGGCGAGUUAGCGACGCGUCCAUCAUUGUGACUACCCCUGAAAAGUGGGACUCGAUUACCCGGAAGUGGCAGGAUCACCGGAGGCUUCUUCAACUGGUAGAGCUAUUCCUGAUUGACGAGGUCCAUAUCCUCAAGGACGUACGCGGCGCGACUCUUGAAGCCGUGGUAUCCCGGAUGAAAACGAUUGGAGCCAACGUCCGUUUCAUAGCGUUGAGCGCAACCGUCCCCAACUCAGACGACAUAGCGAGAUGGCUGGGCCGGAACCACACCAAUCAGCAACUGCCCGCACACCGCGAGGCAUUCGGUGAGGAGUUUCGGCCCGUCAAAUUGCAAAAGUUCGUCUACGGCUUUGACAGCAGCAGCAAUGACUUCAUCUUCGAUAAAUUCUUAGACCAAAAGCUUCCUGGACUCAUAUCCAAGCACACGCGGCGGAAACCAAUUCUCGUCUUCUGCUUUACCCGAAAAUCAUGCGAGAGUACUGCUUCCAUGUUGGCAGAGUACGCCUCUGGAAGGUCAGAGGGCGACAAGCUGUGGCCGGUUCCCACGGGACGGGUUGCAGUAGUCAACAGGGACCUGCAGGAAAUUGUCAGGUUUGGCGUCGCAUUCCACCAUGCUGGUCUCGACGCGCAGGAUCGAGCCACCAUUGAGCAGCACUUUCUGAAAGGUCAGCUCGGCGUCAUCUGUUGCACCUCAACACUGGCUGUUGGCAUCAACCUUCCGUGCCAUACUGUUGUGCUGAAAGGGACUGUCGGAUUUACCGAUGAAAAGCUGGAAGAAUACUCGGAUCUUGAGGUCAUGCAGAUGCUCGGUCGUGCAGGCCGACCUCAGUUUGACGACAGUGCGACGGCUAUCAUCCUCACGCGCGCCACAAACAAGCAGCGUUAUGAGAAGAUGGUGUCUGGCCAAGAAAUCCUGGAGAGCACACUUCAUCUCAACCUCAUCGAGCAUCUAAACUCUGAGAUAUGUCUGGGGACCAUCAACAGCCUCUUGACGGCCAAGACAUGGCUUGGCGGGACUUUCCUAAGCGUUCGACUGAGACGCAAUCCAGCCUACUAUCAGCUCACCGGUGGGGCGACGGCUCUCUCUCAAAUAGAUGAGAAGCUGGAAGAGAUUUGCGAGCGGGACAUCAAACAGCUGCAAGAAGCGGAGCUCGUCACGGAACACAACAACAUGUUCAAAUGCACCGAGUAUGGGCUUGCCAUGUCUAAGUACAUGGUCGAGUUCAACACCAUGAAGUUGCUUUUGCAAAUUCCGCGCGCCGUCGGAAUGGAAGCCUUGAUUACGAUUUUGUCCCAAGCAAGCGAGUUCAAAGAGUUCCGUUUUAAACCAGCCGAGCGGCCGCUUUUCCGCGAGAUCAACCAGUCUCCGUUGAUUCUGUAUCCGAUCAAAGAAACGGUGAACCAGACACGACACAAGAUCUCGCUUAUGAUUCAGGCCCAUCUCGGAUGUGUGCAGUAUCCAGACUCAAGCGAGGCAGCGAAAGUAAGGCGGCAGCUCAUGGUUGAGAGGAAGCUUGUGUUUGAAAGGUUGAAUCGCCUAAUUCGCGCCGUUAUCGACUGCAAAGGCUAUGACCGCGAUUCAGUAGGCGUGAGAAACGCGCUUGAGCUGGCGAGGGCACUCGCUGCCGGGUCCUGGGAGGGUCGUGCCACGCAACUCACCCAGAUCCCGAAUAUUGGUCCCGCGGGAAUGAGGAAGCUCGCAAGCAAGGACAUCCGAACUGUCCUCGAGUUAGCGGACAAAACCCAUGACGAGAUCGAGCGCCUGAUGUCCCGCCAACCCCCGUUCGGGAAGAAUUUGCAGAGUCAUCUCGAACAAUUUCCUCGCCUAGCGAUGGACGUGGUGAUGGUUGACAAGAAAAUCCAGCCGAGAUCUCCGGAUCCCGUCGUCAUCGAUGUGAAAGCCACAGUUCGCUAUCUGAAUCACAAAGGACUACCGGUCUGGUUGCAGCGCGUGCCAGCCCUGACAUUCCUGGCGGAGUCCAAUGAUGGGACUUUGGUGUAUUUCUGGCGCGGGAGUAUGAGAAAACUGGACAAGCAAUCUGGCCUGGAGUUGAAAUUCUCGGUCGGUCUCCGGGAUGGCCGCGAUUGCGUCACCUGCUACUUCAGCUGCGAAGAGAUAGUCGGAACAAUCGUAUCGCAAACACUCGAGCCCAAGAUUCCGGCUGCUGCCUUCCUGACCCCACCAGCGCAGAGAAACUUGGUGCCAGUGCCGCGGACCAAGACCAGCCCUCGAGACUACCCAAAUAGUGAUGAGAUCGAGGACUCUGACCUACUCGCUGCUGAACGAGCAUUGUCUCAACACGCGAACGACACUACUGAGAUGGAGGAGGAAUAUCCGCCCGUGGAGGACUUGCUCGACCUUUCACCGGCGGAAAGCCACGAAGACGGCGAAGAAGCCAACCUCCAAUUCGACGCAUCUUUCGACGGCGAAGAUGAAGAGAGUUCGCAUACGAGCAUGCGCGAGCCGGUACAACUGCCCAAUGGCAGAUGGAGGUGUAAUCAUGCUUGCAGUGGAGGUGUUCCAACCAGAUCUGGAAAGCCAUGCACCCACCGGUGCUGCAAGGAGGGCAUCGACAAACCGCGAAGGCGCCCUUUGCGGCGGCCCAAGAGGAAUGCAGACGAACCAGUCCCCGGGCAUGCGACUUACGCUGCGGCAAUUGGGCAGUCUAAUGUACGCCAGCAACAAUCAGGGGUAGCUCCGAGUUCCAGGGCACUGGGCCAAACGAAACGCCGGAAGAUACAGCCGAUGAAAUCAUCAACUGAGACAAGCUUCGCGACUUUGUCCGAACGGCCUGCCAUAUCCUCAAAAAGCGGUUGGGAGGACUUGUCGGACAUUGAUUGCAUUGAUCUUUCCUUCACAGAUGAAGAAAAGGAUGAUACUGAUGCCCUGAAGAAUCGCACAAACGAUUCCGAUCAGCUCCCGGAAAAGGAAAGAAAAGCACCUCAGCAAACUGCACACAAACACGCUCACAAAGAGCUCCGCGGGCAGAGCAACUGGCCGAAGGCGACGCUUACGCCGAACGAGACCGCCCGUCCCUCAGGGCCGCCCAGCUCUGGGGCUCGCACUCAUGAUUACUUCGAUGAUGAUGAUUUCUCCCUCGAUGAAGAGCUCUCAGCACCGGUUACGACUGCACACAUUCCCACUACCACCCCAUUCAAGUCCGGAGCCAGCGAUGAAGUCCUUUACCAGGGAAUUUGCAAGAGAUUCUCAGAAACCAGCAGUGCCCCAAUGUCCGACAAGACCGCUCUCUCGGAGGCUAUGCCAGGCGUGGCGGAGAAGCCGGCGUCCUCUCAACAAAGCUCGACGCUCUUCGUUGAACAAACGCCUGUAAAGAUGGCGACUAAACAGCCAGACGAGACAUUGGCCAUGAACGAGUCUGUAACGGCCCGGGCGGCAGUCACGCAUCAGUUCGGAUCGGACAGGACCCUAAAGCAGGACAACGAGCCUGAUUGGGUUGCUCAGUUUGAUCCCGAGCUUGUAAACAUGUUCAGGGGUUAUGUGACCUUUGUGUGA